CCUUUAUUAACUCACGCACAAUCAUACACUUACCUUUAUUUUAUCGUUAAAUUAAACUGGAACUCGAUUUAUAAAACAACACAAGUUUUUUACCUGCAGAUAGAGAUAGUCUGGUGUAAUAAAAUUAUAAUUGUAAAGAAAUAAUGCGGUCAAAAUUAAUUGUUUUAACCGUUUCGUUGACUAUAAUAUCCGUCGCCGUUUUUGUGUCGUGUUUAGUGCAUGAAGUUUAUUUCGCUGCAAGUUGGAUUUUUAUAACAGGAAUAUUAAAUUUUCUUACAUCUCAUAUCAUAUUUCUGAAACUUCGGCAAAGAUUAAAUCAAUGGUAUGGAUUACCAGAACUUGAAUCGUUUUAUCGAUUAGGAAUUGUUUUUAUGGGUUUUUCCGUAGCCGGAGUUGUGUAUCAUUUCGUAUAUUUUAUUUUACACAUGUAUCAUUUUUCAAAUGCCGAUAUAACGAUAUGGUUACCAAUUUUUUUUGCUCUAUCAUCGACAUUGAGCGCUUUUCUAUUGUGUUAUUGGUCGGACCAUGAACAAAGAGAAUUAUAAAUUAUCCUUGAUUUAAACAUUUUUUAUUAUAUUGUUUUAUAUUAAGACGUUUACAAAUGCGUUUUUUAUUCAGUAUAUUUUUUUGAGUAAUUUAACAUAAUGGAUCUAACGAGAUAUUUUUUUUAUUUAUCUUAACAUCUGUAUGCGAUGACGUUAAUGAAUGUGAGCUAAUUUUAUCACUCGUUUAUUAUUUAUUUAACUUAUUAUGAAUUUAAGGUUUAUUUUUAAAUAUAUACGUAAAAAAUA